AUGUUGAUUGAACUGAUGGAGAAAAUAAAAAUGCCAUCAGAUGCACAAUUGAUGCAAAUUGCAAUAGAUGACUUGAAUAAUUCCUCUCUACCUUUAGAAGAUCAUCAUCGUGCAUUGCAGGAGCUUUUGAUACUUGUUGAGCCAAUUGAUAAUGCAAUUGGUAAGUGUUCUUUUAUCUUGUCCACUAGAGCUGAAAUGGCACAUUUGCUGAUUUUCCUCCUAGCAUUGGGCAGUGCCCAUGUCAUUUUUGUUUCAAGGAGCAAAAUUAGUUCCAAUUGUAGCAGUGUAGUAUUGUUUUGGCACUUAGUGUCACGGUAG